AUGGCAACAAUAAAAGAUGAUGACGAGCUUCUGCUCGCGCGAAUUGGCUACAAGCAGGAGCUUCGAAGAGAGUUCUCCAAAUGGUCGACGGUAUCCUAUGCCAUUAGUAUACUGGGAGUUCUUGGUUCCGUCCCAGCAACCUUGGGCCAGCCUCUCAUAGUCGGUGGUCCCGCCACUGCUGUGUGGUGCUGGCUAAUCGGCUCUUGUAUGGCACUGGCAAUCGGCAGUUCUGUCGCGGAAUUGGUAUCUGCAUAUCCCACCGCAGGGGGCAUGUACUAUGUGACAAAGCAUGUGGUACCUCCAGAUCAAGUCCCACUCUUUGCGUGGACUCAAGGAUGGUGCAAUCUGCUGGGUCAAACAGCUGGUGUGUCGUCGGUCGCAUAUACCGUCUCCCAGAUGUUGCUUGCGUGCGUUAGCAUGAACUCGAAUCUCAUCAAUGGCGAAUACUCAUAUUCACCGACUGCUCUGCAGACAGUGCUAGUGUCUAUUGGAAUACUGCUCGUCCUCGGCGUCAUUUGUUCAUUGACUACCAAAACUUUGCAUCACAUCAUCCUCUGGUUCGCUCCUAUUAACAUUACGGCUACGGUCUGCAUUUGUGUGGCACUUUUAUAUCUUACCCCAGAUAAGCAGCCGGCGGCGUGGGUCUUUACUCACUUUACCGACGGGUCGGGAUGGGGAUCUAAGGUAUUCUCAUUUUUUCUGGGCUUCUUGUCCGUUGCAUGGACAAUGACCGAUUACGAUGGGACUACACACAUGUCCGAGGAAACCCAUGAUGCCGCUGUUCGUGGACCAGUUGCUAUCAAGACUGCUGUGCUUGUAUCUGGAGCCUUUGGAUGGCUCCUUACCGUUUGCAUGUGUUUCUGCUUGACUGAUUUCGAGGGAAUCCUGAACUCUCCAACAGGUCUACCUGCUGCUCAGAUCUUCUUGAAUGCGGGUGGAAGAACGGGCGGCACGGUGAUGUGGGCCUUCGCCAUUCUUGUCCAAUUCUUCACUGGUUGCUCGGCUAUGCUCGCUGAUACUCGAAUGGCGUAUGCCUUUGCUCGAGAUAAUGCCCUUCCUUUCUCCCCCUUCCUCGCGAAGGUCAAUCGUCAUACCCAUACCCCCGUUAACGCGGUCUGGUUUGUGGUCUUCUUCAGCAUUGCCCUGAAUCUGAUCGCCAUCGGGUCGACCGAGACUGCUCUCGCGAUCUUCAGUGUCACCGCUCCUGCAUUGGAUAUAUCUUAUGUGUCUGUGAUUUUGGCACAUCAGAUUUACAAGGACAAAGUCAAGUUUAUCGAGGGACCAUUCACCCUCGGAAGAUGGGGCACUCUUGUCAACUACAUCGCAGUAGUCUGGGUGCUAUUCAUUAGUACAAUCCUCUUCUUCCCGUCACAGCUGCCUGUUACCCCUGCGAACAUGAACUAUGCAAUCUGCGUGGCAGCCUUUAUUGCCAUAUUUGCCUUGGUUUGGUGGUGGGUUGCAGCUAGAGGCAAAUAUACUGGUCCCCAGACUAACGACAUCAUUAACGAAAUUCCGAGCGAGGACAAUGGUGAGGACUGUGAAGAACCCGACGACUUUUCUGUUUGA